UGUUGUUUCUUACAAUUUAUAUCUAAAACAUAUUUUUCUAUGAAUCUCAGUCUGAAAAGAAAUCUUUACCUUUUAUAUACGAUACGCAUUAUUUUCUCUAUUUAACUACUUUUUACCAAAUUUCAAUAAAAAGAUAUACGAAUUUUUAUCUUUAAAAACAGCUGUGAUGCAGUGCCAAUGUUAAUAACCUUCACCUAUUGUUAUCGAAACUUUGCUUGCGUUUUCUUUGUUCCCGAACUUAUAUAUUCCUGCAAUCAAAUCGAAAAACUACUAUUCAUCCCAUGUUUUGCUUUAUAUUUUCGUUAGUCUCACACGUUUCGGUACUCUGAUCUAAAUUCGUUCUUAAUAACAUCAUAAUAUAGCCUAUAAAUGGAAUACUAGGACGAAGACAAUAGCACUUAGUUAAUAAAAUCGACCAAAUAGGGGUGGAACACAAGCAAACUAUUUACACAUAAUUUAACAUUCAUUAUUUUCCUGGAUUCUACCUAGUCUGAUAAAAUGGAUAAGGAGCUUCUGCUGUUUAUGCUGCUUCUGUCAGUUCAUCUAUGUUUAACAUAUAAGCCUGUGGUUUUAAUUCAUGGGAUAAUGACUGGUAGUGGCAGUAUGGAAAUGAUUAGCCAUAGAAUCCAAGAGAAACACCCUGGCACAGUAGUCUACAAUGUGAACAGGUUUGAGAGUUGGUCAAGCUUGGAGACAAUGUGGCAUCAAGUUCUAGAAAUUGGGAUGGACGUAGCCAACAUUUCUAGCAAACACCCUGAAGGAAUCAAUCUUGUUGGAUAUUCCCAAGGAGGUUUGGUUGCAAGAGGCAUUGUGCAGACAUUUCCUAAUGUUUCUGUAAGCACAUUCAUAUCAUUAAGCUCACCGCAAGCUGGACAGUAUGGAGCUGGAUUUCUCCAUGUUGUAUUCCCCGGUUUAGUAAAAGAGUCUGCUUAUGAACUAUUUUAUUCCCGAGUCGGACAACACACAUCCGUUGGAAACUACUGGAAGGAUCCAUAUCAUCAGACAUUGUAUGAAAGUUACAGUGUGUACCUGCCCUACAUAAAUAAUCAUAUACAAUCUGCAAAAUCGGAAGACUUCAAGAACAAUCUGCUGCGACUAAAGAGGUUUGUCCUGAUAGGGGGCCCAGAUGAUCAGGUUAUCACACCUUGGCAGAGCAGCCAGUUCGGUUACUACGGCAUAAACGACACUGUGGUGGAGAUGCGAGACCAAGAAAUCUACCAGUCCGACCGAAUUGGUCUCCGGACGCUCGAUGAGACCAAACGGUUACACAUCGUAACCGUACCGGGAGUCAACCACUUCAACUGGCACAUGAACGUGAGCAUUGUAGACGAUUACCUGCUGCCUUACUUGGAUUAGGGGCGUCGCAAAAAUCCCUUUGCACGGCUAGCAUGGGAGACUUCUCCCCGGGGAAAGCAUACAAAGUUGUCUUCUCCCACAGCUUUAUCAACUCUCAGAGCA